AAUACACAGACGAGGGGGAGAGAGAGAGAAAGAAAAACCUUGGAUCUACAGAUCUCCUCUCUUUCUCUCUCUUUCAUUCGCUAUACAAAACCCUUUCUCGCUGUCAUUCCUUUCUCUUCUCUUUUUGUGCUUCCUCAAAACGUUCCUUCUCUCCCUCUCAAAUGAAAACCCUCCAACCCUGUGGUUUGAGAGGAUUACAGGCCGUCUGAUCUCUGAUUUUCUUUUCCUGUGCCGUUAGAUCUCCGGCAAUGGGAGCCUGUUGCGCCAAAUUCUCCUUCUGCUGGUGGCAAUCUAACCUCAAAUCGACCAACCUCGAAUCCUCCGAUGCUGAGGGCGGUGGCAAAAACGACCGUGAAUUGUUGCCGGGUUUCAGUGAGUUCAGCUUGGAACUGCUAAAGGUUGCUACUUCUGGCUUCUCUGCCAAUAACAUCGUUUCCGAGCACGGAGAGAAAGCUCCCAAUGUUGUUUAUAAAGGAAUGCUUGAGAAUGACCGCUGGAUCGCCGUCAAGCGUUUCAACAAGUCCGCUUGGCCCGAUUCUCGUCAAUUCCUUGAAGAAGCCAGAGCGGUGGGUCAGCUUCGUAAUGAGCGGUUGGCGAAUCUGAUUGGAUGUUGCUGUGAAGGAGAUGAGAGAUUGCUCGUUGCCGAGUUCAUGCCGAAUGAAACCCUUGCUAAGCAUCUCUUCCAUUGGGAGACCCAGCCCAUGAAAUGGGCCAUGAGGUUGAGGGUUGCCCUGUAUUUGGCACAAGCUUUGGAAUAUUGCAGCAGUAAAGGGCGGGCGCUGUAUCAUGACCUCAAUGCUUAUCGAGUGUUGUUCGAUAAGGAUGGUAAUCCCAGGCUAUCGUGCUUUGGCCUCAUGAAAAAUAGUAGAGAUGGCAAGAGCUACAGUACCAACUUGGCUUUUACUCCUCCAGAGUACUUGAGAACAGGUAGAGUGACACAAGAAAGCGUAGUAUACAGUUUUGGCACUCUUUUGCUUGAUCUUCUCAGUGGGAAACAUAUUCCUCCAAGCCAUGCACUUGACUUAAUACGUGGAAAGAAUUUUUUGAUGUUGAUAGAUUCUUGUUUGGAGGGUCACUUUUCUAAUGAUGAUGGAACUGAAUUGGUUCGAUUAGCUUCUCGUUGUUUACAGUAUGAACCUCGUGAAAGGCCAAAUGUGAAGUCCCUUGUGACUGCCCUUGCUUCACUUCAGAAAGACACAGAGGUCUCUUCAUUUGUCUUGAUGGGUAUUCCACAAGGAACUGAAUCACAGUUGUCAUUAACACCUUUAGGUGAAGCAUGUUCCAGAAAGGAUCUUACUGCCAUACAUGAAAUAUUAGAGAAGGUUGGGUACAAAGAUGAUGAGGGUGUUGCCAAUGAGCUUUCUUUUCAGAUGUGGACCAAUCAAAUGCAAGAAACUUUGAAUUCUAAGAAACGGGGAGAUGCUGCAUUUCGUGCCAAAGACUUUGCAACUGCCAUUGAUUGUUAUACACAGUUUAUUGAUGGCGGGACCAUGAUAUCACCAACCGUGUUUGCUAGACGCUGCUUGUCAUACCUGAUGAGUGACAUGCCACAAGAAGCACUUGGAGAUGCUAUGCAAGCCCAGGUGAUAUCCCCUGAGUGGCCUACUGCUUUCUAUCUUCAAGCAGCUUCUCUCUUCAGUCUUGGGAUGGAUACUGAUGCUCAAGAAACCCUCAAGGACGGUACAGCUUUAGAGGCAAAAAUGAAUAGAAGAAACUGAAAAUGUAUAGGAUUUUUGGUUCUUUUUUUCUUGCUUUCUUUUCCUAGUUAACUUUGUUCUCUUUGUUCUUCGCUGUUGUAUUUAUCUUCUUCCAUUUUUUAAGGAUCCUUCUCAGUUCUGAGUUUUUGGCACACGUGAGGACUCUUCCAAAAUCUGAAAAGCUUUUGUUGGUUCUAAUGUUUAUUUUACAUUGUCACCAUUAAUUCUUUGUUUUUCA